GUCAGGGGGCGGUGCUCAGUGCGCGGCAGAUUCGAAGCGCGGCGCGGCGCGACGCGGCACGGGCGACGGAAGUGGGUCAGACCCGGGCUCAGCCAAGGCGUGCCCUCCUGCCGCUGAGGAGCCUGUUCCACGGGGCGUGGGGCGCCGACCGCGGGCUCACUCCGGUCUCCUUCCCUCGGCUCCCCGCGUCCACGCUAUGGACGAGGCGGUGGGCGACCUGAAGCAAGCGCUUCCCUGCGUUGUGGAGUCGCCCGCCGUCCACGUGGAGGUGCUGCAGCGCAGUAGCAGUACUGCAAAAAAAGAAGACAUAAAGCUGAGUGUUCACAAACUGCUCAACAGGCAUAAUAUUGUAUUUGGAGAUUACACGUGGACUGAGUUUGAUGAGCCUUUUCUGACCAGAAAUGUUCAAUCUGUUUCUAUUGUUGACACAGAAUUAAAGGCCAAAGACCCUCAGCCCAUUGAUUUGAGUGCAUGCACCAUCGAACUUCACAUCUUCCAAUUGAAUGAAGAUGGCCCCACCAGUGAAAAUUUGGAUGAAGAAACAGAAAAUAUAAUUGCAGCAAGUCACUGGGUUCUGCCUGCAGCUGAAUUCCAUGGGCUGUGGGACAGCCUUGUGUAUGACGUGGAGGUCAAAUCACAUCUCCUUGAUUAUGUGAUGACCACCUUACUGUUCUCAGACAAGAAUGUGGACAGCAACCUGAUCACCUGGAACCGGGUGGUGCUGCUGCACGGUCCUCCAGGAACUGGAAAAACAUCGCUUUGUAAGGCUUUAGCACAGAAACUGACCAUCAGACUGUCAAGCAGAUACCGGUAUGGCCAAUUGAUUGAAAUAAACAGCCACAGCCUAUUUUCUAAGUGGUUUUCAGAAAGUGGCAAGUUGGUAACUAGGAUGUUCCAGAAGAUUCAGGACUUGAUUGAUGAUAAGGAAGCGCUGGUGUUUGUGCUGAUUGAUGAGGUGGAGAGUCUCACAGCUGCUCGAAAUGCUUGCAGGGCAGGUGCAGAGCCAUCAGAUGCUAUCCGUGUAGUCAAUGCUGUCUUGACUCAAAUUGAUCAAAUCAAAAGGCAUUCCAAUGUGGUGAUUCUGACCACAUCCAACAUCACUGAGAAGAUUGAUGUGGCUUUUGUGGACAGAGCUGACAUCAAACAAUACAUUGGGCCUCCCUCUACAGCAGCCAUCUUCAGAAUCUACCUCUCUUGUUUAGAAGAACUGAUGAAGUGCCAGAUCAUAUAUCCUCGUCAGCAGCUGCUGACCCUCCGAGAGCUGGAAAUGAUUGGCUUCAUUGAAAAUAAUGUGUCAAAAUUGAGCCUCCUUUUGAGUGAAAUUUCAAGGAAGAGUGAGGGCCUCAGUGGCCGAGUCCUGAGGAAACUCCCUUUCCUGGCUCAUGCACUCUACAUCCAGGCUCCCAGUGUCACCAUCGAGGGUUUCCUCCAGGCCCUGUCUCUGGCAGUGGACAAGCAGUUUGAGGAGAAAAAGCAGCUUUCAGCUUAUGUUUGAUCCCAGACAUCCAUAUUUGUGGUGUUCGAUGGACAACUAGUGGGUGGCACCACCUACCUCACAGGAAUUACACCAAACCAUGCAGGUCUGCAAGCCAGACAUGAGUGGGCAAACUUUGCCAGGAGAAGGACUGUUUGUGUUAUUUUUACAAUGCAUAUUUAAAGACAAACUGCCUAUCUUUUUCACUGUUCAAAUUCUGUUUGGAUCUAUGUAAAGACCCACUAAAUAUUGAUUGCCAUCCUGACUCCAGCCUGUUAGAACACAAGACAUUAAAAUUUGUUGAAAAUAGAGGGAGAUCAAGAAACAAGAACAAGAGAGAUGCUAAGUAAGUCCACAAUUAUAGCAUUGAAAGAUAGAUCCUUUGCUCAAGCUAGAAGGGAACAGUUACUUUCUGGCCUGAGCCUGCUUCAGUUAGCACAAGAUGCUAUGUAAUGGGUGAGAAAGCCAUGUUCCUAUGAUACAGAAAUUGAGAAGAGGAUUGCAGGUAAGGACUUCUUUGACAAUGAUCAGAUGUCAUGUUCACUGGAGCAGUGCAUACUUCGUAUGGUCAAGUGAAGCAGGCAAUGUAUGGAAAUUUCUGCUCAGUAUUUUGUUUCUUCAGUAAUAUUAUUCAUAUUUCAUGUGAAAAUUCAUGUUGCUAAAUAUAAAAUAAGUCAGUAAGUGUUGUACCUCACAAAAUAUCAUGUUUUACUUCAUCUUCUGCUAAAAGUAGUUUGACAUUGAUGCUUUGUACAUGAAGCCACUUUUAAAGAGGGUCCUGCCUUUGUCAUAGAAUUUUUUAAAUAUUAAACUUGU